GCUUAGGGUUCGUCGUCUACCAGCCCAUCCUCUGCUACUGUUAGACACUUGAAGCUAAUGAUUCAAGGUGGUAGUGCGCUUGCUGCCGCCAUCCAAGGACGGAGAUGAAGGGGAUAAUAUAAUACAAAAGGUUAUGUGUCGAUGAAGUUAGCGGACAGUGGGCAGAUGCAGAUGAAUUCUUUAAUGAGGAACAGGCUAUGUGAAAGAGACCAGGCUAUUCGCAAACUGGAAAGGGAAAUAGAAGAUAAAGAUAGGGAAUUGCAAUCAAUUAAAUUAGACAACGACGCAGCUUGGGCCAAGGAUGAUCUUCUGCGGGAACAAGAUAAGGAAAUAGCAACUUAAAGUGGAAGAGGCACUAUCAGCAUUGACAUGUACAUGUGAUUUUAAGCAAGAACCAGGAGAGUGAGAGUUUUAGUGUGCCGUAUUUAGAAUUUGCCGAUAUCUUUUUCCCGUUUCAGCAAGUAUUCCUGAUAGUGGGGAUUCUUCGAGUAAUGCUAGAUAUUGGUUCUAACAACGAGAAGUUACUUAAUGAUCCUCUUUGAUUUAUUGGAGUUGAGGAGUCCCACAAUCUUUAUGUUCUGUUUGUUUCUCCAUCACUUUUUCAAGGCUGUUCAAUUGGAGUUCCAUCUUCAGGUUGACAUGAUUGUCUUGACAGAUGGAAGUCGUAUUCUUGGCCUCGGUGACCUUGGAGUUCAGGGAAUAGGAAUACCUAGAUUGGAGGGAGAAGAGUAUCUAUCAAUUGUUGAUGAUUUUAUGGAAGCCGUGCAUACAUGUUGGCCUAAAGCUAUUGUUCAGUUUGAGGAUUUUCAAAUGAAAUGGCCUUUUGAAACAUUACAACGUUAUCGUAAGAGGUUCUGCAUGUUCAACGAUGACAUACAAGGAACUGCUGGUGUUGCUCUCGUUGGACUAUUGGGAACUGUGAGAGCUCAAGGGCGGCCAUUGAGUGAUUUUGUUAACCAAAAGAUAGUAGUGGUAGGGGCUGGAAGUGCAGGGCUCGGUGUUCUUAACAUGACUAUUCAGGCUGUUUCGAGAAUGGCAGGGAACAACGAUUCUAGUUUACUUUAUCAAAAACAAAGAAGAAAAGGAAGGGACCACAAGAAAUCAAUGGUGGAAUCGAUCAGGCAGGGUGUGGAAAAUUACAACUCAGUUUUUGUUUUCACUGUUGAGAACAUGAGAAACCUCAAGUUCAAGGAACUCAGGGAGCAGCUGAAGUCACUAGCAGUCUAUGAUCGACGACAACCUUCUUCAAUUCCAUGCCCUACCCCUAAGGUUUCUUCGUCAUUGGAUCCAGAAAUGAGUGAUGAUCUUCCUAUUGCUCUUCGUAAAGGUAAACUUAAGUGUGCUCAUCUUAUUUCCUCUUCUGUUUCAUAUAACCAUUAG